CAGAAGGAAAAACAGAAACAAUGCCUCCUCCUGGUCAUAUCUAAUCUGUCCCAGCACAAGACAUCCAACGCCGCUUCCCGCCGCCGCCGCCACCUAAAACGCGCCCCCACCCCACCAUUCAGGCAGUGCACAUCAACUCUUCCUACACACACCACUAGCCGACCAAGGGUUGACCAGUAGACAGACAUGCCACAAGAUCUACGAUCCUCGUCUCAUGGAAGCACAGGGUCGUCGUCGUCCCGCCAAGAGCUUGGCUCGGCUCCAGUUGCCAUUUCCGGUGGCUGGACAGUCUCUCAACGCAUUGGUGAAGCGUCUCGACCAGACAACGCUGACAUGAUUACGGCGGUGGAAUACGAUCGAUAUGGCGAUUACAUUGCCACGGGCACCAAGGGCGGUCAAAUCGCAGUGUACACCAAGGACGUUAAUGCCCAACAGCAAGGUCGCCUCACGCGGUCAUUUCAAUCGCACGACCACUCGCAGAAUCGAUACGCCCCGUAUAAGAGCUUUCAGAGCCACAAGGCCGAGUUCGACUACCUCAAGAGCUUGGAGAUCGAAGAAAAGAUCAACCAGAUCCGGUGGUGUCGCCCGUCCAACGACGCGCUGUACCUUCUCUCGACCAACGACAAGACGAUCAAGCUGUGGCGUCUGCACAACCGCGAGGUCCGCACCGUGCAGCAGUUCCAGCACCCCGCCAACACGUACGGCGACGUGAUUCGGCUGCCGACGCUCAACAAGGCGCCGCCGGUGGCCGUCGCCACGACCAAAAAGGUGUUUGCCAACGCCCACACAUACCACAUCAACUCGAUCGCGCUCAAUAGCGACGGCGAAACGUUCAUCUCGGCCGAUGACCUGCGCAUCAACCUGUGGCACUUGGGGGUGUCGGACCAGUCAUUCAACAUUGUCGACAUCAAGCCAAACAACAUGGAAGAGCUGACCGAAGUGAUCACGUCGGCCGACUUUCAUCCGACGCAUUGCAACAUUAUGAUGUACAGCACCAGUCGCGGCGCGGUCAAGCUCGGGGACAUGCGGACGUCUGCCCUCUGCGAUUCCCAUUCCAAAUUGUUUGAAGACCAGGAAGACCCUGCGGCGCGCAGCUUUUUCUCUGAAAUCAUCGCGUCCAUCUCGGAUAUCAAAUUUUCUCCAGACGGCCGAUACAUCAUUUCCCGAGAUUACUUGACGCUCAAGAUUUGGGAUAUUAACAUGGAGAGUCGGCCCGUACACACGAUCAACAUCCACGAGCACCUGCGGCCACGGCUGUGUGAGCUGUACGACACGGACUGUAUCUUUGACAAGUUUGAGUGCUCAGUCAGCGGCGACGGCAACAACUUUGUCACAGGGUCGUACAACAGCGAGUUUCACAUUUACGACCGGUACGGACGCAGCGACUACUGUCUGAACCCGCUCUCGAACGCUGGGAGACGGCGGUCGUCGGCGCCGCACACGGCCAUCUCGAGGGCCCUCGCGACUGGAACCGCCGACGGGGAUCCAUUGGACUUCACGUCCAAGGUACUCCAGACCACGUGGCACCCCACGACCAAUGAAGUGGCAGUGGCAAUCAAGAACAACGUGUACUUGUACUCGGCCAAGCAGGACGCCCAUCCGAGUAUGGUGGCGGUGAAAAAUAGCAAAAAGUAGCAGUGAGUAUUCCGUUUAGUACAUGUACUAAAGAACGUGGUGUACGAUAGUAAUAGUAAUAGUAUUACUAGUGUAUUACUAGUAGUACUACUACUACUGCUACCAAGAGAACUGUAGUGCAAAGUGAACAAGACGAGGCAUACUAGUACAUACUAUUAAUAGUACAUACAUACACGGAUUGAGUGAAAAAUA